UGUCAGCUGAGCGCUGCCUAGUGAAGCGGAGAGCUCUGGGAGCGAGAGGGACACACUGAGCCAGGGCUGCCGGGGCAUUAGAUACAUUGUGCAACACAGGGGCUGCAAGGAAUCAGGCGCUCUGGGCUUUUCUUCCUUUCUUAUGUGUCCACGUGGCACCCUCCAACCUGUACUCAUGUCAACCUCCAGAGAGAUAUGGCCGAGGAUAACGGCAGCUGCAUGGAGCCGGCCCUGUCCAUGGGAAUAGACCUGCGCACCCGCGUGCUCCAGUUUGUGGAAGACCGGCUGCAGACCACCAUGUGGACGGGAAUCUUGAUCGGGGCCCUGGUCGCCAUCUCCAUCAUUGGAGUGAUCGUCUUCAUUGUAUACAAGAAGUUUAGACAGUCCAAGCAGCCGCAUUCAGACGUGCCACGAUAUCGAUUCCGCAAGAGGGACAAAAUGAUGUUUUAUGGGCGCAAGAUCAUGAGGAAGGUCACCACCCUGCCGAACACCCUCGUGGGAAACGCAGUCUCCAGGCCGAGAACCAGGAAAAAACCUAGAGUGCUGUCUCUGGCUAAAAGGAUACUCCGCUUUAAGAAGGAAUACCCAACCCUGCAGAAAAAGGAGCCACCCCCUUCUCUGCUGGAGGCUGACCUUACUGAGUUUGAUGUGAAAAACUCCCAUUUACCUUCAGAAGUUCUGUACAUGCUGAAGAACGUCAGGGUGCUGGGGCACUUUGAGAAGCCCCUAUUCCUGGAGCUGUGCAAGCACAUGGUUUUUGUUCAGCUGCACGAGGGGGAGUACAUCUUCCGGCCCGGCCAAUUGGAUAACAGCAUCUACGUGGUGCAAGAUGGCACGUUGGAAGUGUGCAUCCAAGAGAGCGACGGCACCGACGUGGUGGUGAAGGAGGUGUUGGCAGGGGACAGCGUGCACAGCUUGCUCAGUAUCCUCGAUGUUAUAACUGGACACCCGGCUCCUUACAAAACGGUUUCAGCCAGAGCUGCCACAGCCUCCACCAUCCUGCGCCUCCCAGCCAAUGCCUUUCAGGACGUCUUUGCCAAAUACCCAGAGACCCUUGUGAGGGUGGUGCAGAUUAUCAUGGUCCGACUUCAGAGAGUAACAUUCUUAGCUCUGCAUAACUACCUGGGUCUGACUACCGAGCUCUUCAAUUCUGAGAGCCAGGCCAUUCCUCUGUUAUCUGUGGCCAGUCUGACCAGCACGGGUGGAGGUAAUAAGGCUGUCAGGAGGCAGGUGUCCAGCAUGUCGGCCGAAGAGGAGCAUGGAGAGAAAAGUAUAGAGCAACAGCCGGAGUCUGACCAAGGAAACCUUGACCCAAGCAAAUUUUCAUCAGUUGAUGGAAGUGGCCACAAGCGGAGCCGUUCCUCUUCCAGCAUUGCCGAAAUCCCAGGCAGUCCCAAGGCAGCUAAAUCCGAUAUGGACAUGGCGUAUGAGCGAGCGCGAGUGAGCAUAACCCUCGAUGACAUUCCGCAGAGCCCCGUCAUGAACAAGCCCAUCCUGAAGAAGUCGGUAACCGUCACGGAAACGCCAUCAGCUGUGUACCACUACAAAGAAGAAGAUCUCGUCAUACCCGAAUUCAGCGUCAACAGGCACUUGAACGCCAUGUUUGAGGCAGCCAAAAAAGAUCUGUCGACCCUUAUCAAGCUUCAGGACCCCACUCUGCUGAAUGGAAGGGUUACUCUGCAUCAAGUCAAUGGUUCUGGAACCAUUUUAUCCAGACAGGGGGACCAGGACGUCAACAUUCGCUUCGUGAUAUCGGGGCUCCUCCACGUUUACCAGAGGAAAAUUGACCGGGAGGAGGAGACCUGCCUUUUCAUCACGCACCCUGGGGAGUUGGUGGGACAGCUCGCAGUUUUAACGGGAGAACCACUCAUCUUCACCAUCAAAGCCAAUCGCGACUGCACCUUCCUCUCCAUCUCCAAAUGCCACUUCUAUGAGAUUAUGAGGGAGCAGCCCAGCGUGGUACUCGGAGUGGCGCACACUGUUGUCAAGCGGAUGUCCCCCUUCGUCAGGCAAAUCGACUUUGCAUUGGAUUGGAUGGAAGUGGAGGCCGGCCGGGCCGUUUACAGGCAGGGGGACAAGUCCGACUGUACCUACAUUGUACUGAACGGGCGCCUUCGCUCGGUCAUCAGGAAGGAUGAUGGGAAAAAGCAGCUGACUGGUGAAUACGGGCGUGGAGACCUUAUUGGGGUGGUAGAAGCCCUGACUCACCAGCCGAGAGCCACCACUGUGCACGCCGUUCGAGAUUCCGAGCUCGCCAAGUUACCCGAGGGGGCCCUGACCUCCAUCAAACGCAAAUUUCCCCAGGUGGUGACCCGGCUCAUCCACUUACUCGGGGAGAAGAUUCUUGGCAGCCUGCAGCAGGUGAAUGGCCCUCUUACAGGGCACAGCCUGGGUCUCAGUACAACUGGCAGCAAGUGGGAUUCCAGCAACCCGGCCAGUAACCUUUCCACCGUCGCCAUCUUGCCGGUGUCUGAAGAAGUUCCUCUGACGGCCUUUGCUCUUGAACUGAAGCAUGCGCUGAGCGAUGUGGGCCCCACCUUGCUGCUCAAUAGCGACAAUAUCAAGCAGCGUCUGGGCUCCGCCGCUCUAGACAGUGUCCAUGAGUACAGACUGUCCAGCUGGUUGGGGCAACAAGAGGACAUUCACCGAAUUGUUCUGUAUCAGUCGGACUAUUGCCUGACACCAUGGACUCAGCGCUGUAUCCGGCAGGCAGACUGCAUCCUCAUAGUGGGGCUAGGUGAGCAGGAACCCACUGUCGGAGAGCUAGAGAAGAUGUUGGAGAAUACGGCCGUCCGGGCCCAGAAACAACUCGUCCUGCUCCAUAAGGAAGAUGGGCCCCCUCCGUCCCGCACAGUUGAGUGGCUGAACAUGAGGAGCUGGUGCUCUGGUCAUUUACAUCUUAGCUGCCCCCACCGGGUCUUCUCCAAGAGGAGCCUGCCCAAGCUGAUCGAAAUGUACGAACGGGUUUCCCAGAAGCCUCCAGACCGACACUGUGAUUUCUCCCGGCUCGCCCGUGCGCUGACUGGCAACACCAUCGCCUUAAUCUUGGGAGGAGGAGGAGCCAGGGGCUGCUCCCAGGUUGGAAUCAUCAAGGCGCUCAUUGAGUCCGGCAUCCCCAUCGACAUGGUGGGGGGCACAUCUAUAGGAGCCUUCAUGGGGGCCCUGUACGCUGAGGAGCGCAGCUUUAACCGCAUGAAGAUCCGGGCGCGGGAGUGGUGUAUGGACAUGACAUCUGUAUGGAAGAAGGUUCUGGAUCUGACAUAUCCGACCACCUCCAUGUUUUCUGGUGCAGCCUUCAACAAGAGCAUCAGCAGCAUCUAUAAAGACAAACAGAUAGAGGAUCUGUGGAUCCCGUAUUUUAACAUCACCACCGACAUUACCGCCUCCGCCAUGCGGAUUCACACGGACGGCUGCCUGUGGAGAUACGUGCGUGCCAGUAUGUCUCUGUCUGGGUAUAUGCCACCUCUCUGUGACCCCAAGGAUGGGCACCUCCUGAUGGACGGGGGAUACAUAAACAACCUGCCAGCUGAUGUCGCUCGGUCGAUGGGUGCUAAAGUGGUCCUCGCCAUCGACGUGGGCAGCAGAGACGAAACGGAUCUUACAAACUACGGAGAUGCCCUCUCAGGCUGGUGGCUGCUGUGGAAGCGCUGGAACCCGCUGGCAGAGAGAGUCAAGGUCCUGAACAUGGCGGAAAUCCAGACCCGUCUCGCCUACGUGUGCUGUGUCCGCCAGCUGGAAAUGGUCAAGAACGAUGACUACUGCGAGUAUAUCCGCCCCCCCAUUGACCGCUAUGGCACCCUGGAGUUCGGCAAGUUCGACGAGAUCUGUGAUGUGGGGUACCAGCAUGGCAAGACCGUGUUCAACGUUUGGGGGCGCAGCGGGGUCAUUGACAAGAUGCUGAAGGACCGACAGGAUACCUGCAAAGCCAAGACGUCUGAUAUAAACACCUGCCCCAAUGCCUCUUUCACUGACCUGGCAGAGAUCGUGUCCCGCAUUGAGCCUGUGAAGACGGCGGCCAUGGAUGAUGAGUCUGAUUAUCAGACAGAAUAUGAAGAUGAAGAGAUCCCCGACUCCCAGAAAGAGGAUUAUCUCAACUUCCUGAGCACCCAGAACAAUGACGAUGUCUCCGAUAGCGAUGAAGAAGGGGUAAUGGAGGUGAGGCAGCGCCCUGCAGUGAAAUGGCGCCAGGACAGAACCCAGGAGAACAGCUGAACCCGACCCUGUUCAGGAGAUCAAGAGAUGGUUCUCCACCUGUCCCCUGCAUCAGAACCUCCUGCAUCAGCGGUUCUUCUGCUUUGUGUGGUUCUAGAUAUAUAUUUAUAUAUAUAGAUCUAUAUUUGCGGCCGGGCCCCAUAAAGACGCAAUAAAGCCUGUAGCACGCAUGGGCGCGUGAUGGACACGAGAAUAUUUUUUGUUUGGAAGGAGCCAAAAAUCUAUACAAGCCUUAAAAUCAUAACAUGCAUUUCAUUGCUUAGUAACAGGCUCUAGCUAUAUACAGUAUAUACUCGGUUCAGCACUGGGUCAUACCAUAAUCAUAGAGUAGCAUCCAUCACUCGGUCAUCUCAUUAAUAUAGUCUAGCUUCCAGCAUUGGAUCAUACCAGUAAUACAGAGUACCAUACAUUACUGGGUCAUACCACUGUUAUACUGUACAUCUACUGUAUCUCUGAGUCAUCCCAUUAUUAUAGUCUAGCUUGCAGCCUUGGAUCAUACCAUUAUUACAAAGAACCAUUCAUUACUGGGUCAUUCCAUUAUUCUAGUCUAGCUUCCAUCACUGGAUCAUACCAUUAUUAUUAUUAAAGCAUCCAACACUGAAGCAUACUGUUAUUAUAUAGUAGCAUAGCACUGGGUCAUACCAUUAUAAUAGAGUAGCAUACCCAGUUAUGAACUCAGCAGCAUGGAUGUGCUUAUGGGAUUAUACUGGAAGUAGUCCCCCAGGCACCCCUGAUAUCUGCUUCUACCCCAAAGUCAGACACUGGAUGAGGAGAGGGGGGGGGCUGUGUUCGGAAUCAAAAUGCUCAAUAACUUGCUCAGUGUUUCUAGAUCUGGCUUCUUCUGUGUCCAGGUCCUAACAAUAAAGGGGACAUUAGGUUUAUUAUCCAGUAAUUGAAGCUCCUGGUUUGUGGUGUUUAUUAUCUUAGCCAACUCCCUACCCCUUGCUUUGUGCAAAGGUGGGCCCCAGUCAUUGUGAACAGCACUUUAUCCUUCCCAAUGAGCUCCUUUCUCCCAGCUCCCUUACCAUUUAAUGUACCUGUACCAAAAACUCCCAGUAAGCUACUCUCCCGUUCCCCCCUCGCCUUAUCACCACUGGAUUUCCAAGGUAAAUGUAAAAAGGGAAGUCCCAGCAGCCUGGCAUGGAGGGUGGGGGUCUCUGUGACUAUUGGCUGUGGAAUUCUGUACAUAUGAAUGACAGUAGGUAGGGGAGGAGACCAGACUGGACUUUUAAUUCAGCAAGGUUCCCCCCACGGCACAGGGAUGAGCCGCCAUAUUGAAUGUGGCAACAACACCCAACAGCAAAGUUUCAACCAGUGAUAUUUAAUGUUUAGCUCCCCAGUUGUUAGUAGAAAGCUGGAGGGCCCCAGGUUGACAAUCACCUCCCUCCCAUAAGUCUUUGUGACAUCAUCAGUUGACUCCAUCCUAUCAGCACCAAACGUUGGCUUAGGGAUUUCUCUUUAAUUUACUACAAUAUUGCUUUUUUUUUGCUGCCUAGCGCUAAUGCCCCUGGUACCAUACCCCUCCCUGCAGGCCCGGACUGGCAAUCUGUGGGUUCUGGCAAAUGCCAGAGGGGCUGCUGUAUGGUUCCAUAGCAAGUUACUAUAUAGGGGGCUGUUUGGGCCUCUGUGUACUUGGAAUGGCAGGGCCUAUUUUGAUUUCCAGUCCAGGCCUGCCUCCCUGCAUUGCCAAGGGGGCAGCUGACUGUGUGUGGCAUUUUGCCUUGGGAUAACGGGUGCAUUUAGUAGCGACUGCACAUGUACUAACAAAUUUUUUUUACAAUAAAAGGCGUUUGACACCAAA